ACUCGUGAACGUUGCAAAACCGCAACUUGCAAACCCGAUUGACGAGUGGCCCAAACCCAACAAACUAACAAAUUACCACACACCAAAUAUCUCUCCCUCUCGUCCAACAAACGUCCAAAACCCUAGCCAUGUGAAUCACUAUUCAGUACAACAUUAUCAUCCCCCCUUCACUUCCACUCAAUUCCCACCUCACAAUUCCACUUUAUAACACGCCCACAGCGCCACUCACACUCACCCACCAUUCAACCUCACCCUAAAAAAAAACCCACUCAACACACUCUCCACAGCCGCCGCCAUGGCCGCCGUAAUUAGCAACAAGUUGACCGCGGUCCUCCUCAUGACCAACCUCCUCUUCUUCACCGCAUUCUCCGCCGCCGUCACCACGGACUGCGCCUGCGGCAAGUCCCCGCCCAAGGCCCCGGCACCGCCGCCGGCGAAGUGCCCCAAGGACGCGCUGAAGCUGGGGGCCUGCGCCGACCUUUUGGGAGGGCUGGUCCACCUGGUGAUCGGAACCCCUCCGGCGAGCAAGUGCUGCGCCGUGCUGGAAGGAUUGGUGGACCUGGAGGCCGCAUUGUGCCUCUGCACCGUCAUCAAGGCCAACGUCCUCGGGAUCAACCUCACCGUCCCCGUCGCCCUCAGCCUGCUCCUCUCCGCCUGCGAGAAGGAGGUUCCUCCAGGGUUCCAGUGCUGAUUUGGGUUUUGGAGCGUAAUUGUGAUUAGCACUCAAUUUGGCCACGUGCGUGCAUGGAGUUUGUUAAUGAUUCAUUGAUUACGUAUGGACCUUAAUUAGGAUGAUUUCUCCUACGUGGGCUGCCGUCAGCUUGAUUUGUACCGGCUUGGUUAUUUUUUUAAAGUUAUUUCAUGCUUCUUCUGUGUUCGUACGGGUUCUUGUUUAGCUCUAAUUAGUUUCGGAAGCCGUUAAUUUAUUUUAAUUAAUUAUGUAAUUUGUUUGUUUGGAAUAAUUGGGCAAGCCUGUUUGCCUUGUACCUUCUUGUUGUGUCGUGUCAUGUGUGUCUGUGUAUCAAGUACGCUGUUAUAAUAUAUAUGUAUGUUAAAUCAAUUGAUUGUCCAGUUACGCUGUCGUGGACCUUAAUUUUUUUUAAUUAAUUAUGUAAUUUGUUUGAAAACGAGAUUAAAUUUUGGAUUCUCAUAAUAAUUCUAGUAUUGUUGUGGCGAAUUGGUUCUCGCUAUGGUAUUGAUGUCUUUGGAGAAAAGGUAAGAUGUUUGAUACUUGUAAAUUAACAUGGUUAGGUGAUGGCGUGAUGCGCGCAAUGUCUUGUGAGUUUGUGGAAUCAUCUGAAACACAAAGAACUUUCAAUUAUCGUAAAUGGACGGAUUCUUAAUUAACAUCUCUUUUGUUUGGACAUAUUAUUGCUUCAGUACGCCUGUCUAAUAUGGGACUUUUCUUAAUUUUAUCCGAGUCUGCAAUCAUUACAUAGGAAUGGCCUGUGAUUAAGAAACUUUGUCAACUAACCAUAGGAAUGAAUCCAAUUAUAUAUGAAGGAAAUUCAGUAAUUCGAAAGUUGUUCACUCAUAUCUCUCUCGAAUGUGGCAUCUAGCGUUGAGGACUGUACGUGGUCCUUAAAGUUUGGGAGAGGAUGUUAGUUGAUAUUAUUUGUAGGGCUACCCAAUCAGAAUUCAGAAUGAGGAGAAAACAACGUAUACGUGGUCGAAAAACAAGCCCUGGAUAUCAACAUGUAUCUAAAAUAUCAAAAUCCCAAAUUUCUUGGAUGAAUCAGUAAAAAAAAGAAAUAUAUAGUGUUCGAGUUAGUGCAUGUCCAAGUGUACAAAAUAUCACAUUGAAAGAAAAGGAAAGUCCGAAAGUGCAAGUGUGUUUGUAAAGAUGUUUAUGAAGCUCUUUUUUUUUUUUUUUUUACUUUAUUUUAAUGAUAGAAUAAUUAGUGAAUUUUUAUUGCUUAAUUAAUUGAUUUAAUAUAAAUUGUUUUUUGGUUGCUUAGUGAAUCAAUUAAUUUUGAUUCUUGUGAAACUAUUUUUUCACAAUAAAAGUCUAUUGAUGCCAUAAUUCAUUUCUAAUCUUCUUCUUCAUCUGCUUCCACUUUCUUCCUUAAAAAUCAACAAUAUGGAGAUUUGCAAUUUGCUGCUUUCAGAUUUUGGUUGCACUAUUACGGAUCCCCCCUUCAAUUUAUUCCGGUUCAUCACAAUUUUAUGACAAUUAACAACUUAUUUCAACAUUCGAUUGAGAUCCUCCCUAAAUAUAAGAACACCAAUAUGUGAGGACCGUCAAUGCCACCUGCCUGGAUAGCUAUAACAAAGCCAUAUUGACCAUCAAUCAAUUUGUCAAUUUAUCCUGCCUUCCGGGUUCGACGGGAUUCUCCUCCGGUUUUUCUUUCACGGUUACGGCUGCUGGUGGGAGGAGGAGCCGUGUCGUGAUCGUGUGGCGGCGGUGGACCUCGGUCGUGGCGGUGGAAGAGACCAAAGGGGGCUCUGGCGGCUAGGGUUGGGGAGUACUCUUACAUGUUUGGGUCAUGGACCUGGGCCCUAUUGGGUACCGGGCUUGUUUUAUUUGGCCUUUUGUUUGAGUUCUUGUUUCAAUUCUGAUGCUAGUAGCUUGUUCUUUUCCGGUUGGGCUUUUUGCCUAUUCGUAUUCUUAAUGAAACCUCUUAAAAAAA